AAUAUGAAAAUAAUCCAACAUUUUGGGGUAAAUUUUCAUUUGCUGGAGGGCCAACUCAACUUCCUCGAUCUGUAUUACACAAAUUGGAAUAAGAAUUUAUUUAACCGAAUGGUAAAUCAAUUUUAGAAUUCUCAAAAUAUGAUCAUGAGUAUCAUUAAAUAUUAGACUAAGCUAUUAAUGAUUUGUAAUCACUUUUAAAUGUAAAUUUAAAUACCAUAAUGACUAUAGAUACCAAACUAAUAUAAAAUAAUCUUUUGUUAAGGUGGAGCAUCUUUAUUAUUUGAAGCAAUACCUAUGAAUUUAUUGAAAACAUUAAAUUGUUCUGCAUCUUAUACAAAUACAGGAUAUUGGUCUUCAAAAGCUCUA